UCGGGUGAACCGCAAACGGCCUGGCCGGUUAAAGCAGAAAUUAAAAAAUGAGGGGAUUAGGGCACGACCGCACACAAGGCUCCCAGUCCCAGCCUCCCAUGCAUUAUUCCUCUUUAGUUCUUCGUGCUUCACUGCUUCGUCCGUUCUUCAGCUGGUCAGCCCCGUCCCACGGCCACCACCAAGCACCAGCCACCCUUCUUCCCUUUCUUCGUCACCAGCCAGCCAGCCUCACAAGUCACUACCAGUCCACCACGAUUCGCCGUCGAUCACGGCGCCGUCACCCACCCGUCCCACCGGAUCUCUCAUCUCUCAGAUUCUCGUCUUGCUCACCUCCCUUCCUUCCAGCAGCUCGUUGCCGUUGCUGUUGACAGUUGCUGCCGCCGGCCACCAGCUGUCGUCGUUCAUUGCCAGCAGCGAAGCAGCCUUUCGGCAGAAAAUGGGAGAAAACGUAGAACAGGUCUCAAGUAGAAGCAACUCCAGAGUCCCAACACUAUGCGAAGAAUGCAAAUCUAACCCAUCAAAAUACAAGUGCCCCGGCUGUUCCAUACAAUCAUGUGGUCUUCCCUGUGUAAAAGCUCACAAAGAGCGAACGGGAUGUACCGGCAAGAGGAACCAGACUCAAUUUGUUCCUCUUUCCCAGUUUGACGACAACCUCCUACUAUCUGACUAUAAUUUGCUGGAAGAGGUAAAGAGGGUAGCUGAAUCUUCUCAGAGAAUGAGAACUAAAUUGGGCAUGUAUGCAUAUUUUAAGUUACCUCAUUACCUUAAAAGCCUGGGGAGCGCUGCUAGGAGUCGGAGAACCAAACUGCUGUUUCUUCCUAGCGGAAUGUCAAAAAGACAGAAGAAUCAAACUCGAUAUGACCAAAGGAAGAAAUUCAUAUCUUGGACAAUUGAAUGGCAUUUUCAUUCAACGGAUGUUGUUUUACAUGACAACGGAGUCAAUGAAAAUACAAGCAUCUACUCCAUCCUAGAAAAGCACCUCAAGCCUGGUCCGUGGAAUCAUCCAUUAAGGCAAUUUUGCGAAGAGCAGCCGGAUCGUCUCAAGAUUUUCAUUCGUAAAUACCCAAAGGGUCCCAAGUCACCCUUCAAAGAGCUGGAUAUGAAAGCACCAAUCAGACAGCAAUUAGCCGAUGUAGUCAUUUUGGAGUUUCCCGUCGUUUUUGUUUUCUUGCCAUCUCACAGAAUUGAUUUUGAAGUUAUUAAGAAUGUAAAUCAGAUAGAUAAUAAAUCACUUCCAAAAGACAGCGAAGAUGGCCAAGAGCCAGAAGGUGUAUCAUUUAGGGAGGAGGAGAUAGAAGAUGACUCCACAGAUCCUCAGGUUUUGGAUCUCAUGAAGAACUUGGAGUCAAGUACAUCAAAUCAAGUGCCUACACAUAAUAUGAGUUCCGAGAAAGCACCAACGGGUUCAUCGGAUAAACCCCUGUUUGAAGAAGACACUGUGGGUAACCCGUCACAUUCUUCACUGAAAAACAAGGAACUAAAAAUCUCUGAAGACAUGACAUUUGACUUUGAUCCAGAAUUGAUGGAUGUCUAUGCUAAUCUAAUGGCUGACAUGAAUCCAGACAACUUCCUUGAUUUUGAUGGUGAAUUCUCCAAGAAAACAGACAAUGAGAUAGGUUUGAUUGGUACCAAUGGGGUAUUGCCUGUGCCAGAGGAAUUGGAGGAAGGGGAAAUUCCAGAAUAGUUGGUAAUAAUAUACUUGAAUUCUAUCAAAGCAGUCGACCAAGUGGUGGAAGAGCAUUGGCAACAUGAAACCGGAUUAUAUGUUUUAAGGUUGCUUGCUUGCUAAGCAAGAUCGCAUUCACAGCCUAGAGUAGUUGCAUCAAGACGAUGAUUUUAUGUUGCUCAAUUUAAGUCAGUUUUGAUAUCUCCAUCAAAUGCUCAUGGAUGUUCUUUCAUGGUUCUUUGCAUAACUGAAAUUUUGUCGUAAUAGUUGAUACUUCACUUUAGAUGCAGUAAGGUACUUCCUUAAUCCUUUCUGUAAAAAGACCAUUCCCCUAAUAUUUUUAUGAGGAUUCAAACAUAGCACCAAAACCAUACUUCACAGCAUUGUUUGCUUUGCUCAUCCCUUCAGGCCAAAUUUUGUUACCCUUACCUUCAAAGCGAGAUUAAUUCAUUGUAAUGGAUAUAUUUUCUA